AUGACGGACGAAAGCUCAGCAAGGAUUUAUCGGGGUCGCAGGGCGGUCCUGCCACCACUGAUAGAUGUUCUACCAGAGGCACGGCUCAACCUUAUCAUUUAUCAUUUAAAGAAUGAAGACAUUCGUUCGGCCUACGAACUUGUCCGUGACAUUGACCCCGGUGUACCAAUGGAAUACGUGCUUAAGGCAAUUGUAAACGCUGGCAUAGGCCAAGAGCACAAUUCUCGAGAACAUCUACGCUUGGCUCAACAGUACUUUCAGCUGGUCGGAGCUUCUGUGAGCGAAUGCGACACAUUAACAGGUCGGCAGUGCAUGUCAUCAUGCUUCUUUAUCCUACGCCAAUUCAAAGAUGUCGUUAUCUACUUAAAAUCUAUAAAAAAUUACUUCUACAAUGACGACACCUUCAACUUCCUCUUUGCACAGCCACUAGAGCAAAGUGCCACACGCAAUAGCAGAAGUCGCUAUGAGACAAUGCCUUGCCUGCUUAAAACCUUGCGGGUUAUGUGCUUCAGCUCCUAUUUGGUUUCUGGAAGGCGAUUCGCUUAA